AUGUUUUAUCCGGCUGAGUCGUUAAAAAGAGGAGGAAGAUUUUAUUUGUGUUGGCUUGCUGAUUCGUGGCCGGAGCGUUUUGCUACGAUAUCGCAAAGACAAGUGUGGUCUCACGAUGUUAGAAAAAUAUGCGACGAUUUGUUGCAUGUUAUGACAAACGAAUCCGGGCGGCCAGUCAAUAGGUUUUCUCUUCGUCUUAGUUCUCAGCUAUUGCGCGGUCUUGUGAGGCUUUAUCAACGAAAAGUCUCUCUAUAUCUUGUUGAUCUAUGUAUGACAAACGCUAGCGUAUUCAGACAUGCCAAUAAAAAAUGGCAUAUAGCAGAGGUAACAUUGAAUGAGCAUGCCCUACAGCCUUUACUAAUUCUUGAGCAACCACAAGAGGUAGUACCGGAGCCUGAAAAUGAGCAACAAAUAGCCCAACUAAUUCAGAAUAGUGGAAAUGUAGUGGAUAACAUACAAGAUAUAACAUUAAAAGAAUCAGCAAUACCUGAUUAUCAACUGCCAUCGAAUGACGGAUUCGGUGAAGAGCAUCCGGGACAAGCAUUGCAGCUGUUGGUGGACCGCACAAUAGAAACCAUGCUGCACGCGGAUGCGCCCGCGCAGCAGCUGAGUGCGCGCGGCGCCGCGCUCGACGUGUCCGAGCUCGACAAGAGCCGCCUCGCGGCGCAUGACUUGCAAAUGGAAGCUGCCGCGGAAUUGGACCUUACUAUGUUUCGUAAAUCAACCAACCCAGAUUUAUUAGCUGCUGGCGAUUUUGAAAAAGACCAUCCCCUGGAAGAACAAGCAGAAAUUUCGCGCAUGCAGACAAUUCCAGAACCACCAGCUGAAAUUGAACUGCAGGAGCUGGAAGAACCACCAACAAAGCGUCGUCGCAUGAACAAAUUGAUAAUUGACAAGAACACGAAAAUUAGCGCCAAUAUACUGCAUGCAAGAAUUAAUAACCCCACAGUUGAAUUACGAUGCGAAGACCCUACAGAUGAUGUGAUCCAGUUAAGACUACCCGUAGACUUGUAUUUCCGAAGGCCGGCGCACGGCGGUUACAAAUUUAAAUACAACAUUGCGAACGCAAUAACUCGGCUGUUUUUGAGGAAUCUAGGAGUUGUUGCGAAUCAACUGGCCGUCAAAAGGGAAAUGGAGGAACCGAGAAUACACAGAUCGCUUCGACCCCGCGAAAGAUCGGUUCUUGAAAGAAUUGAGGAGGAAAUCGUAGUUCAGGGUGUCCUUCAACCAACUCAUCAACCAGUUGAUCAACAAGUCGAGCCUCCGGGCGAAUUGGACACUACCAAAGAAGCGGCAGGGGUUUUGAUUGAUCAACCGAUGCAACCAGAACAGCCUGUACAGAUAGAAGUUGAUAUAUCAGACAUGCCGACGCAAAAGUUGGACACUCUCUCACAGGCUGAAAAGAGGAAAUCUGAUGUUGAUACUUUAUCGCGUAAGAGACUUCGAGCCUCAGAUUUUGCAUCAUUCAGACUGAGUCAACAGCUGGCUAUUGAAGCAGAAGUAGCUACUGCAGAAGCAGAAAAAGAGAACAUACCACACCCAUUGAACCAGCAGUCUCCCACAAAAUCUCCUAACAAGUCCCAGAGGACUGUUCUGAGCAUGUUGGAACAGGCUGGCUUAGCGGAUGUAUGUGAACCGCGCGUUACUGAAACAAAUCCUGAAUCCUUGACGGAGAGGACCGCAAAGAGAGGUGGAAGUGAGGGAUCUGAAACUCCUUUAGGGAGCUUAGAUAGAACGAAGGUGUCCUUAGGGGACUCGGAUAAGACUACGGAUUCUAUUAGACAAAUUCGCGAACAAUGGGGAACAGUAGGAACUAUGACAAAAAUCAUGAAAGCCAUAAAGCGUGGUCCCAAACAACCAAUCACUGUGUGGUACCUAAUGAACAGAGGACCGAUUUUACAAGAAUAUAAAAAUGUGAUCGCCGCUCGCUGUUUCAGCUCUAUUUUAAAAUUAAAACAUCACGGUUUUAUUAUAGUCCGUAAAGAUCCAGAGACUUUGGAAAUAAGAGAUAUUAUUUUGGGACCCAGAUUUGAUUAAUAAACAUUUUUUAUUCAUUUUGAAGUACAUAUGUAC